AUCGCGACCGCGCCGGAGGCAGGGUGUGUGUGUGUGCCGCGCCGCUCUGGCCGCUCUCGCCGCCGCCGUACGCUCCGAGCGUGUCUACGACGUGCCUACGACGUGCCUAAGACGUGUCCCCGACGUGUCUCCGUGCCGUGCCGGACCUCCGCCUCCGCGUGCACGCCCUGGCAGUGCCGUUGACAUGCGUGCCGGCCACCGGGCGGCCGCCAUGGCGACCUGGAACGGAUUACCUGCGAAGUGACUGAGUGAAGUGACGUGCAUGUCGAGGAGUGAGUCGCCAGUGGCUAUGUCGUGCGGCCAGGAUGUGCGACAGUGGCGUUGCGAGUGACGAGUGAUCGCCGCCGUGAGUGACAGCAGGUGCGCUCUUGCUGCCGCUGUCACCGCCGCUGCUGCAACGACCCGCGACUGAGCGAGUGUGCGCGACGGACGAAACAGAAAUAGUGCAAAGUUUGAAGUGCUAGUGCGCGUGUGUGUGCGUGUGAGUGCUCCUGUGCUCGCGGCCCGUUCUCGCGGCCUUUCGAGCGCCCCCGCGACGCCCGCGCCCUCCAACCCCCUGGAGCCCCUUGCGCCCCUCAUCCCCUCCUCCGCCCCCCUCCGCGGGGCGUGUACCUCACUCCUUUUUGGAGCGUCCGAUCGCAGGGGGAAGCCAUCCCUCCGCGACGGAGCGCCACGAUUGUCGGUAAAGCUGGCGACGAAGGGCCUCAGCCUCAAGGGCUUGGGCCUCAAGGGCCUGUCCGCGCUCAGCGUCAAGCAGCAGCAGCAGCUGCUCAUCUCCGCCACCAUGCUGCACACGCUCAACGCGCUCGCGGGCAAGAUCUCGCCCUCGGCCGGGGCGCUGCAGCUGGCGCCCGCCUCGCCCGGCCAGCGCGCCGGCGAGAAGGAGGUGUACCACCCGUACACCAAGCCGGGCAGCCCGCCCCGCCACAACAACAACAACAGCGUCAGCAGCAACAACAACAACAUCAGCAACAACAACAACAUCGAGGACUGCAGCGGACGCGUGUCUCCGUCUGAUUCUAGCAGGUGCGGUUCCGGACCGACCACCACAUUUAUCGUUUUUCGAGAUCAAGACGAACAGCCCGACCCUGAUAUGGAGCAGCCGGACCCGGACUACAUCAAGAUGUUCGUCGGCCAGCUGCCGCGCUCCAUGGACGAGGCCGACCUCACCAGGCUCUUCGAGGAGUUCGGCCGGGUCCACCAGAUCAACGUGCUGCGGGACAAGAACACCGGCCAGAGCAAAGGAUGCUGUUUCGUCACGUUCUACACCCGCAAAUCGGCCCUUCAGGCUCAGGACGCCCUUCACAACAUCAGGACACUGGCAGGGGUAAGUAUCAAUACCAAUGUAAAUAUGUUCUAAACGUCGUAGCAGUUUUUCUUGCCAAAAUUUCAGCAUUUCAU